UGAAAUGGAAUCCAGUUGUUAAAGCCACUAAUGUGGAAGUUUAUGUUGCAUGGUCUGUCUUGGAUUAAGGGUGGUCCUCUAAUGCUCUAUUUCUGAGAAAUGUAUAGACUUUAGCGAUUUUAAAUGCGCCAGCUUCUUCCAUAUGAUCCGUCCCCUCUUCUUAAAUAUAAUCUGUCCCCGAUCUAGACUGAAAAACCAUGCUACCUUUUACACUGUAGUUGGUUUCCACUUGAUGCACAUCUUUAUUUUCUUCAUUCAGCUUCUUCUUUGUCUCUCUGUCACGCUCUGAUUGAUUGCCAGAACAUUAUCAAAGCACACUUCAACCACUUUCCUCCUAGCAUAUGGUAAAACCUAGCUCUUUCUUGGAGAAGUUAUUGCUUGUUAAUCUAUGAUUUGAUCUGCUGUCUCUAAAGAGACUCGCAUAUCUGCUCGGAUAAUAACCAUUUUUGGCUUAAUCUAAGAAAUAGAUGUUGGCCUGGAAAAUACAAGCUAACCUUACGUUUUUUGUGUCCUGGAUUCAUUUGUUGAUUUCUUUGAUCUAAUGACAGCCUCAGAAACAGAGUAAAGAUCUCAGGAAAACCAACCAAACCUGAUAGGGUUGAAACUUGAAAAUCAAUCUUAAUAGCAAAGAGACAAUACUGGUCACAAGAUUCGCCCCUCAAAAGCCAGUGGUCCCCUAACAUGUUUCAAAUUUGAUGUGCUUGUGGUUCUAAACUUUGUCUCGUUGUGCGUGGGGAGUAGGGUUUCAAAAGAAGUUCACAUCAUACAAGUUACCUUGCUCGAUUAUUUACAGUUGGUCAAUUCUAUCUGCCACUAUACUAUAAUCAAUUUAGAAGCUUAAUCAAUGCAAAGGUUAUUGUCUUAAAUUUGUCAUCAUUCAGAUUUAACAACGCCUUACGGCCUGAGGGCCCUAAGCCAGCAAAAAAUCUGCAGAUUCUUCUCUUCCAGGCUCACGAAUCAAACCACCCCGGAGUAAAUAUAACAACCAGUCAUUGAUGAAGGGUUCUUUUAAAGUCACCAACCCUUUGUUCACAAUCUUAUCCAAACCUUUGCGACAGACAAGGGUCAAUUCGAAGACUCGAAGCUUCCUUAAUGUUUCAAACACACUAGAAUUUAGUUUGAAUCAUUUUUAUAAAGACUUAUCCGUUGCUUUACCAACAAGAUAAGAGCACGCCUACAUUGGUUUUUUCCUGGAAAAAGCUUAGCUUGCUAAAGUGCGCAGGCCAGGCAGACAGGAACGUUGCACAACAACCUUGGGUGGGUUCAUCAACACCCAACCCAAGAAUCAAUGAUUUUUUGUGAAUAGGAAUGUAAAUAUACAAAACAUGGGGUACAUUUGAGAAUUUAGAAAAAGUACAAGUGCAAAACUGAAAAAUGUCCAUUAUAAUAUUACCCGGUGGACAAAAAUUUGAAGAGAAAGUGGAUAAAAAAAAACUUGAAGAAAGAAGCAAAAUUAUUUAAUUUUCGCAAGCCAAGCCAACCCCGCAGUUCUUUACUUUCUUUACUGUGAUUCUUCACCCAAGACCCUAAAAAAAUUAGGGAAAAGAAAUCACCUAGUUGUAAAUGGAAUAAUCACCCAGCAAAUCUUAGUAGACCAACUAAAAGAAAAUUCCAAACUUUAGAUUCAGCUCUAACCCCCUUCAGCAAUGGCCUCAUUCUCCAUUUUCAACUACUUCACAGCCCUAACUUUUCUUAUUUUCCUCUUCAAAAUCCUAGCUGCAGACCAAAGUUUCUCUUUUUCCUUCAAAAGUUUUGCUAAAGAUCCAAAUUUUGAGUCCAAUAUUGCUUUAUAUGGGGAUGCGCAUGUUGCUAAUGAUGGUUCUUGGAUUCAACUUACUAACUCAGUGAGUUGGAGUGCUGGGAGAGUUAUGCAUAAGAAACCCAUCAUGCUUGUUGAAGGUAAAGCCAGGAAUUUUGCUUCCUUUUCAACUUACUUUUCCUUUUCAAUGUCCCAUGAAAAUGGUGAUGGUUUGGCUUUCGUUAUGGUUCCUGGUAGUUUUGUUGCUAAUGUAUUGCGCAAUAGUUCGUUUGGGAUUUCUUUUGGAUUGGAUAAAAGUAAAAGUGAUGUUGUUUCUGUAGAAUUUGAUACCUUCAAAGAUGCCAAGUAUGGUGAUUUGAAUGAAAAUCAUUUGGGCAUUGAUGUGGGUAGUCUUGUGUCAGUUAAAGUGAGAAAUCUAUCCUCUGUCAAUUUGGUAUUGAACAACGGAGAAAAAUUACAUUCUUGGAUUGAUUAUGAGGCAAGUUCAAAGAGACUAGAGAUUAGGUUGAGACAAUCUAGCAGUACUAGACCCGAUGAUCCAUUACUUUCAUACUCAAUCGACUUGUCAAAACAAUGGAAUGAUGAGGAAGUGUUUGUGGGCUUCAGCUCUUCAAAUGGGAACUCUUCGCAGACCUGUUUUAUUUACUUGUGGAGUUUUAACCUAAGACCGGUUCCAAAUUGGAUGCAUUCUGAACCAGUUGAUCCUAAGGCUAUUGCAAAGAACACCAAAUCUCUGACAACAGCGCACAAGAGUAGCAAUUGUUUUUGGAAAGUGCUUGCUUUGUUCAUCUUCGGUGGUGCAUGUGGAGCCUUGACAACUUCUUGUGUUCUAUACAUAUGGACCAUCCUUGGUAAUAGGCGCCCAGUAGUGCCUGAAGAGUGUGGUGUGCACCCUGUUGAUUUUGAGUACAAAAAGGUCAAAGUAGUAGUAGACAAAGCUGUCAAAGACAGCAAGAAAUAGACGUUAGAGUUUGGGUUCUGUUGGAUGUUUUAUGUUGUAAAUUGAUGAUCUUUUUGUAAUUGUAGUUGUAGGUUUUGUGUGUGCUUGUAGCUGAUGACCAAUUGUGAAAAAUGUAGCUCUCUGUUACAUAGUGUUUAAUGUUGGAAGCAUUGAGAUUUACCUUUAAUAGAAAUUGCAUUAUUGCUUGUGGUAACCUUAGUUGUACAUAAUUCCUGACUAUGGUCUUUGUGUAAGAAAUCUAUAACUCUGACCUGAUUUGAGGAUAAAUGCAUGAAUUAAGGUCUUUGCAGGGACACACUACAAGUCUAUCUUGUGGUUUUGGCCAUCAUGCUCAGUGCGGUAGGCUGUCUUAUGUAUGCACCUUGUUUUGUAUCGUUAAGUGAUGGAUGAAUUGAUUUCACGUUUAAUAUAAUUUGCUAUGUUUUGGCUAUCAAGGCAUAAAUGUCUUUUUGCCAGGUACUGACAACAGCUUCACUCCGUACUCCUUGGACUUUGCCUGCUUUCAGAACUAAUGAGAUUAUGAUACCAGUCGAGUGAGUGCUCAACUAUGUGGCUUUUGUGAAGGUGGUUAGCUUACCAUGUUUGUUUAGCUGUUCUUUUUCUCAUAAUCAUUAGUCUUGACAGGUCGUGUUACUCAUCACAAAUUAAAUAUAUGAAUAUAUAUUU